GUGUGGCACAGGCAGAGUUAGACCCACCGCUGCAGCGCACAACACACGCACGUGUGCGCCGAAUAGCGGAGAGAAGCCACAGCAGCUAUCUCUCUGCCCGCACGCCGCCGCAGCGACUAAGACGCUACGGAGAGCAUCACAAUGGGCAUGCUAACACAGUUCAUCACGAGCACCCAGUUCUACCUGUUCGGCCGCAGCCGCUUCACGCAGACGGGCUGGCAAAAAGCAGCGAAGAAGUACGUCCAAGGCGAGCUCGAGGAGUGUAAGCUGCAGGGGAAAUGCUACGCCGUCACGGGCGCCAAUUCGGGCAUCGGCCGCGAGACGGCCGGUUUUUUAGCGAGCCGGGGGGCGCGCGUGCUGAUGUUGUGCCGCAGUAAAGAAAGGGCGGAAAAAGCCAAGAACGAGAUGAAGCCCGACAACGGCGGCUCGCUGGAGGUUAUUGUUGCUGAUGUGUCUCUGGUGUCGUCCGUGAAGGCCGCCGCGGAGCAAGUGAGAGCAACGACGUCAAAGUUGGACGGCUUGGUUUGUUGCGCUGGUGUCCUACUGAAUGAGAAGACGAUGACGAGCGAGGGCGUCGAGGCGACCUUCGCGUCGCACCUGGCCUUCGGCAGCUGUUUACUCACCAAGGAGCUGCUGCCAUUACUACGGGCGACCCCCGGCUCGCGUGUAGUCUACACGUCCAGCGGAGGGAUGUACAACAGCAAGUUCCCCGGCGUCGACAAUUGUGUAGACCCGCAAAAGUACGACGGCCAGUUCGCCUACGUCUACGCGAAACGCGGCCAGGUACUCUUAGCGGAAAGAUUGGCCGCCCAAGAGCCGCGCGUGGCCUUCGUCUCGUCGCAUCCGGGCUGGACGCGCACGGCGGCCGUCGAGGCGGCCUACGGCUCUUCCGCCAAAUAUUUGGAGCCGAUGCGCACGGCGUGGCAGGGCGCCGAGGGCCAGUGCUGGCUCUGUAUUGUUGAUCGAGAUCGUUUGGAGAACGGGGGCUUCUAUCUGGACCGGGCGCCGCAGCGCAAGCACCUCGCGGGGCCCUUCUUCACGGGCGGCUCCGCGACGAAGAAUUCCUUGGAGGAGGCGGAGCAGAUGGUCCGCGACCUGGACGCGCUCGCGUUGAAAGCAGGCGGCGCGGCGCGGGCCGAGGGCGUGGUGCUCGAGAAGUAAGCAUGUUGUAAGUGACCCAUUGCCGUCCG